AAAGUACUGGACUGGUCCUUUGGUACAAUGAUAAGACAAGAUGUGUACAUGCUGGCCACUAUGCACAAAGAAAAUGAAUGAAAAUGCUACACAUGAGGUUGCUGUGGGUAGUGAACUGGACACUAAGGCAACAAAUCGCUGCAGCACUGAUAGAAACCAAGGAGAAGCUGUUGUAGGGUCUAUAUCAGAGCAUGGUCUGCCUAACACCCAAAUACCCCCAUCUCACCAGUGUCCACUGGCCCAAUGGGAAAUACUGGGUAACAAGUUUCAGGACUACAAGCAGUCAUGCCCUUUCCUGACCAUCCCGCAGCAGAGAGAGCAGCUGUACAGCCUUCUCCCUUUCUUCCACCAGGUAUGUGAGCUGACGUCAGGGGUGAUGUCUGUACCCUACAUGCAUCUAAUGGCCAGUGACCUGGGGACCCUUCUUGCUGUAGAGAUGAGGAAGAGGAUUUCCAAUAAGCCAGCAGGGGCAGCCAGACUCUCGCUCACAAGUUUCCUUCAGGGGGAGGAAGAAUGCAUGUCUGGAUACCUCCUUCUAAAAUCAGUUUACUUGUUAUCCCGAACAGAUCAGGGGGUUCUAAGCUGUCUGAUCAAGACUGGCCUGCCUGAUGUGUUUCUUGAAAGCCUGUAUUUGUUUCUUGCCUAUCCUCCUGGACAAAAUGUGGCUCCUGAUAUACAAGAGUCUGAGAGUCUGGUGCAAAAUAUAUUCAUGAAGACAAUGCUGAAUCUCUGCAGCCAGGCUCAAGGAGUGGAAGAUCUUACCAAGUCCUCAGACUUUGAGUGUCUUUUCAAGGCUGCUGCAUCAGGCUGGGAUCAAUGUGACAUUCGCUGGAGUGGGGCUGUUGAGAAAUUGUUAAAAGCCGUGUCCAGGACAGUAGCCCCCGCUAUACUUCACUAUCUACAAAGCUUACGAUGUGUCCCCAGCUUUCUGCAGACUCUGACUCAGAGAGUGAAUACACUACAGCCAAGUGUUCUGUGCCAGGUUACGGUCAUACUUCUCUCCUUCCUGUCAAAUUCCUACACGUUGUCCUCUUCUUUGCUGCAGGAUUUUGAGAACAGUCAAGGUUAUCCACUGCUACUUAAAGUUCUGCUGAGGUGUGAAGGAGACACUAUUGUAACAGAAGGAGGAGAGCAGCACCUGGAUGAGCUUCUCAAAUUAUUGGCCUCACUUGUGGUAUGUGGAAGAUCUGAAGUGAAAGUUUCUGUCCACAUUUCUCAUCCUCAGCUCCCGGGUUUUUGUCUUGGGAGAUCUACUGGGUCAGGUGGGACUGUGAAGAACCUACAGGCAUUCCAAGUUCUGCAAGGUGCUUUCCAGAACAGUAUGGAUGCCCAUCUGUGUGUGAAGGUCUUAUCCACCAUACAAUCUUUAUGGGCUCAGGAGCACAAUAACUUCUUUCUGUUGGAGUGUAGCCUUCAGCCUAUCUCACAGUUUGUUGAGAUCAUUCCGCUUAAACCUCAUCCUGUCCAUAUACAGUUUUUCCAGAUGAUCCGGUUUGUGGUGUCUGAGUUGUCAUACAUCCCCCACCAGACCCUACAAAAGGUACAAGACCUCAUUAAGCAGAACCAGAACCCCUUAUGCACAAUGGCUGCAUUGAACCUUUUGCAGAGCAUUACACCUAUAGAUUCUCUCUUCAAUGAUCUCUUCAGAGAUUCAGGACUUCUGGGGAUGCUUCUCACUCAACUAAGGAACCAUGCUAAGUUUCUUAGAAGGGCAGCAGCUGGAUCUAUGAGCUCAGGCACAGAAGUGGAGUGUGAGCGAGAGUUGACCAUUGGAAGACUUCAUACUGUUGGAGUCCUGCUACAGUCAUCUGUUCGGAAUGUGGUCAUCAUUAAAGACUAUGAAAUGAUUCCAUAUAUAAAGGUCUUCCUUGAUGACAUGGGGUGUAGGAGGGAAGCGCUGUGUAUUCUUGAGCACCUCUCAGUGGUGGACCCAAAUGAAUAUAUGAGCACAAUAAUGGGGGCAUUGUGCUCAGCAACACAAGCUGAACUCACCCUAAAACUAGAUCUACUACAGUCUCUUCAGCGCGUCUUGAGGUCGCCUAGAGAAAAGUCCAGUUUCCGAAAUGCGGCUGGAUUUGAUGUUCUCUUGUCCUCUCUCUCAGAUAUGGAGAGGUCCCUUUGUGAUCCUCCUGUUGGAUGCUGGUCGAAUGUCCAACCAAUGAACAUAAUUAGACUGAUUCACUCCACACUGAGUGCUAUGUCUGCAGCACUGUUUCAGGACAUAACUAACCAGAAAUUUGUCCAGAAACAUGGAAUUUUCCAAAGGUUGGCAGAAGACUUGAUGCAGCUGGGCUGCUUUGAAACACAAAUAUCUGAAUAUAUUGUAUUCCCAGACAUUUCCUCCAGACAUAGGACUCUCUACGAACUGCUCAAUCUGACUUUGACUAAUCAAGAAGCCUGUCCAGAGUCGCUGAAAAGCUGUUUUUUGAUACUUAGUUUUCUGCUUAGUAUGGCAAGAGGCACCCUAAGCAAAGAGGGUGACAGUCACCAUGCCAAGCAAAUCACAAUUCAGUUACCUUUGAAAGGGAAGAAUAUAGUUUGUGAAGGAAAUCGGGAGUCAGAAAGUCAACUACAGGAUCUUAUUCAGGAUGUGUUUUCUGAAGUUCCAGAGAGGUACUCUGGAGAUGCCCAUGCCACUGUGGAACCAGGAGCUCUGUGUGUUGUCAUCAGCCUAAUUCAGGAUACAUACAGCCAGGAAUAUCCAGAGUUGUCAAAAGAGCUGCAGUGUGCGGUUCUUGAACACAUCUUGGCUCUGAGUCAGAGUGAGAGACAACGUCAAGUCCUCUGUGAGUCCCAGCUGCUGAGCUGUAUUGUUAGAUUCUGCAAGGAAACACUGAAAGAUUACCUUGAUCCUCUCCGAUUGCCUCUUGUUAGGCUAUUUGAGAAACUAGCAUCUCAGUCUGUCCAACCAGAUGUGCUAAGGCAAUUUCUGUGCUGUGGCAUCACAAUGAAAGGAAGCUCAAAAGAAGAGUUGUCUGCAGAUGAACCAGAAAGUGAUCUUAAACUUAGACUGUCUUCUGUAGCCAUCCUGCACACAUCUGUUAGUCUUGUGACUAUGACUUCACCAAGACAAUUUCAAACCUGCAAUACCUCCAUAUCACCGUCGUUCGUGGAGUUUGACAUGUCAACACAUGGAUAUGGGUUUCUCUUUCUUCCUACAAUUGGUACCCUUAUGGGUUCAAGUGUUGAUGAGAUGCUGUCUGGAGGUGAAGGAACAGGUAGUCGUAGCUUCCCACCUUCUGGGGGUCUCACUUUCACUAUAUGGUUUCUGGUGAGCAAAUUUUCCUCAACUGCUGAGCAACAUCCUCUUCGCUUCUUGACUGUUGUACGGCAUAUGUCCAGAAGCCAGCAACACUAUGUCUGCCUGUCAAUUGCUGUGGAUACUGUAGAAAAAUGUCUGGUAAUCUCAACAGAAGAACAGGAAUUCCAGCCAUUAGACAUGAUGGAAGUUGAACUACCUCCCUGUAGUCCACCACGUUCACCGGCUCAGGUCCGGCUCAGAUUGUUUGGUCGCAUAGUGGUUGGCCAGUGGCAUCACUUGUCUGUGGUGUUGAAUGAAGUGAGACGAAGCUGUCUGGUCAGCGCCUCUAUAGAUGGACACGUGCUUGGAACAGCUGAGAUGCAGUAUAUUGAGCGUCUUCCUGGGGCCAGCUCUUCUCUCGAACCCUCCUCUCUUGUGGACAUUCACGCAUUUCUUGGAACACCCAGAAUGUGGCGUCAGCAGAGUGCACUACAAUGGCGGCUAGGCCACGCUUUUCUAUUUGAAGAAGCUUUGUCGGAAGAUACAUUGCUAUUAAUACAAAGACUUGGUCCCUCUUACUGUGGAAACAUCAGAAAUGGUGCAACCUCUCCAUUGCUGGCAGAGGAAAAGAUUGUGUUUGGGGUGAACAUUCUCAGCUCAUGUUUCACAACGAUCACCCAGAUCAAGGAAACCUAUAAUGAGGUGGAUGGACGCCAUGUUGCAAAAGAGCUGGGAAUUACUUCAAAGGAUAACUGCACCCCUAUAUUUUUGGCUAGAAACUUGGCCUCACAUCUGUUGGGCGCAGCGCGUACAUUUGGCGCAGUGACAAUAGACGGUAAAGGUGUUCGUUUUUUUCAUUCAAGCCCAGCUGCUGACACUUUGAAUUACAUUGGUGGCCCAGCUGUGAUACUAAGCCUGGUGUCCAUGGCAUCUGAUGACCAAGCGCUAUAUGCCUCUAUUAAAGCCUUGGUGUCUGUUUUAAGUAGCAGUCCCAAUGCAGAGGAGUCAAUGGAACAUAUUGAUGGAUAUCGGCUCCUUGGUUUCUUGUUGAGACAGAAAGCUCAUCUGAUAAACCCACGCAUUUUUCAGCUCCUAUUGACCAUUGCAGGUACAGCUGAUUUAGGUGUUGGGCCAACCAGACCACUUAAUCUGGCUGCACUGAAGCAUAUACUCUGUGACUUUCAGCUCUAUGUGGAAGCCCCGGGAGACCUUGAUGUAUCCCUUUUCUUACAUUUAGAAGACUUUCUUAGAUGCCCCAGAGAGAUAGAAAUAACUCAAGAGGUUCAGUUGGUGGACAGACUUGUCUUUCUCCUCAGUGACCAUCGUGUUACAGCAACCAAUAUAGCCAUCAUUUGUAAGCUUCUCAGCUACUGCCUCAGCUAUUCAUUCAGCCGAAGCAACAUAUUGAGGCUGGGACUCCUUCUGGUCAGUACAUUGCCUGCUGCAUCCGUGGAUGAAACACAGUUGUACCCCCGGGACCCAUCAGUUGAAGAUACCAGCAUAGACUCUGGACGGAUGAUUUGGCUUCGGAAUCAGCUGCUAGGGCUCUUGAUUGAAAUGAUGUGCCUCCCUUCUGCGUGUCUGUCUGAGGAGCAGCAGGAAGACAUGCUAGUCAUUCUAGGCGUUGACUGGUUCUUGUUGUUUGUCCAGCCCUCAGUCCAUACAUCCAGUGUUGUACUGGGAAUGAGAUUACUAGGACACAUACUCCAAAUUCGGCCAUUACUUAACCGCUUCAAGGAAGUAGUGAGAGCUGGAGCUUAUGUGGAAAACAGCACAUAUGACAUGAACAUUCUUAUGGAUAACAUUAGAAACCCAUGUAGCAUACCAGUCUGCAGUUACCCAUUGUUAUCUGGUUUUGUGGUUCUUCGGGAAACAAUUGGCUGUCAUGUUGAUAAACCUGAAAUUUACCUGCUCAUUUCUUCAACAUUUCUACGCUCUCCUUUGCAAGAAGAACCAACAAAGGCUGACUUGGACUCCAGGCUGCAGAACUUGCUACAGAAUCACAGUGCAGAGAAGGUCAUGCAGGAUGGACUUUGUGUAGAGGCUGCUCUCCUGCUGUUGAUGAUGGUGAAGGUCUCAGUCAGUCAGGAAACCAGCACGGACAACAAAUGCAGAUUAUUGAUAUCCUCCAACAGUGUAAUGCAGUUCUUCUGUUUGAUAUAUCAUAACUACCCCCGUGACACACUCUGGGUAUCUGCUGACUUCAUCAACCUUCUGGCAAACCUUCUGUUGCAACCAGCAAAUGUGGAAUCUUGUGUUGUUGAGGGGGAGGAAGCAAUCAAGGAUCAAUUGGAAAUAAAACAUGAACAUAGUCAGUCUGUGCGAAAAACAAUCCAGGAAUUGAUGCAUCUUAUAUUACGAGAGAGCCUGACGCAUGUACCUAUUCAGAAGCAAGACCACCCAUUUGAAUGUCUACUGGAGACAUUGCCAGCAGAUGGCAACACAGAACGCAGCAACCAGUUUCAGACGGAGAUAUUGCAAUGUGCGAUGGAAAUGUUUUACACUAUUGGCCGGAGAGGGGAGCAACUAGGAACCACUGACUUUGCAGCAAGCCAAGACAUUUUAGAAGCUACAGCCAUUGCAAAUUUGUCCUACUUCAGUCAAAAGCUUUUGGAGAAGAUGCACUGCAAUGUCUUUGUGGCUGAUCCCUGCGAGAUCCUAAUAUUCUUCAUCAAGCAAAUCAAAAAUGUGACGCAAACUGCAGCUCCAAGUAACCGCGAGAGCCUCUUCACAAUGCUCUACAGUUGUCUAAAUCGCAGUAUCCUGCACUGUAUGGCCAGACCUCGAAACACACUCCCAAAGAUGCUGAGCUUACUGAAAGUCCUGGAACUUCUACUGUCACAGUGGGAUGAAAUUUUCACAACGUACAAUUCCAGCCUGAGCUUUGCCACUUGCUUAAUGCACUGUCUGUUUCAGAUCUACACAGGGAGUUAUCUUGAAGGGUUUGGGGUAAAGCCCAAGCCUCAGAGAAGUUCCUGGCAGAUGAUUUUUCUCUUAAGGGAAGAUGAAGCAAUUGAGCAAAUGACAGAAGGCCCUGCCCUGCAAGAAAUGCACACGCAGGUACUUCAUGCUGUGCAGACCGUUUGGGAGCAGCUGAUGGUUUACAGGAGACAAUCUCUGGAAGAGCAUUACAACAUGGACCUGUCUGUCACACAGGGAGAGAUUCAGAUAUCCCAGGUCACCCCACUCUGGGAAGAAACAACAUCAAAAGCUUGGCAGCAGUAUCUUGUAUCUGAGAAAAAGAAUCUGAAGACUAAACGACGAACGUCGGCUGGUCCAGGGCACAGGAUGGUAAGGGCUGUCCGUGGGCUGUAUGGAGCGAAUGAUGAAGAGGCAGAUUUCAAGCUGCAGGAUGUUGCUUCCACACUGGACAAUUGCAAAAAAACAGGACAAGAAGUGUUUAAGUGUCUGUACAGAGACCAUCAGCAGAUGCAUAAGUGUGAACACAUGGCUGCUGGCAAAGCUUGGUUGGCCGAGGAAGAGGUGCUGUUGUCAGAAGGAGGUGUGUGGGGAUCUCUAUUUAGUCAAAGUGACCAGAGGAGGGAGCUGAGCCCAUACGAGGGUCCAUGGCGUGUCAGGAAGAGGAUGCAGUCAGUUCAAAAGAAGUUACGGACUUUGUUGUCCGGAGAGAAAGGACAAGCAUUCCCCUUCCAUGGAAUAGCAAACACAGAAGGUGGUUGGUUGAAGCAUAACAAGAAUGGAAGUGAGAAGGACAGUCUGACAUUCUUCCCAGCUCUUCGAGAAAAUUUACUUCCCAAAGAUCGCUGUGCAGAGACACUUUAUAUCCUACAAGAGUUUCCCAAAGAUGAGAAGAUCUUGGUAAAGAUGCCUAUGGUUUUAGUAGAAGGACACCUAAUCAUAGAAGGAGUUCUUCUGUUCGGGAGAGAUCAUUUCUACCUGUGUCCUCAUUUCACUCUGUCCUCGUCCGGGCAGGUAGCAUGCAGUAUACACGGAGUCUCAAGCAUUCAGGAUCCUUUCAUUUAUGACCUGUGCUUCAAAGAUAAACCCUCCAGCCCCAGAAAGUCUGAUGAAAACCCCAAACCCACUCAUGACAACUUAGCAUCCCCAGGGAAAGAGGCAGAGCCUGCAAUCCCUUGGGCAGAGCGCUACUCGUACCACGAAGUGAUGGAGUUGAAAACCAUGAAUUUCCUCAUGCAGGAAAUGGCCCUGGAAAUAUUUUUUGUAAAUAGAAUUACCAAGUUUCUUGUCUUUCCCAACAAAGAUGUGACUGCGGCUAAGAAAUGGUUUCAGUCAAAGAUGCCAUCUGUGAAAGGAAAAGGUGUUUUGGAGGAUCCCCAGUAUAUUAGCAGGAUUACUGCCGGCGAGAAAGUGAUGUUGCAGAGGUGGCAGAAAAGGGAAGUUGGAAACUUUGAAUAUUUAAUGUACCUGAAUAGUCUAUCUGGCCGAACGAUUAGAGAUCUCAUGCAGUAUCCUGUGCUACCAUGGGUUCUGCAAGACUAUCAGUCUGAGGUUCUGAACCUCUCAGACCCAAAAGUGUUCCGAGAUCUUUCCAAACCAAUGGGGGCUCAGAGCAGGGAGCGCUGUGAGAAGUUUAUUCAGCGGUAUAAGGACGUGGAAAAAAAUGAUGGUGAAAUGUCAGUGCAGUGUCAUUACUGCACACACUACUCAUCGUCAAGCAUCGUCUCCUCUUACUUAGUGCGAGUGGAGCCCUUUACUCAAGCUAUGCGUUGUUUACAGGGGGGUUCUCUGGACCUGGCAGACCGAUUGUUUCACAGUGUGUCAGGGGCCUGGGAGUCUGCUUCCAAUGACAAUAUGAGCGAUGUUCGGGAGUUAAUCCCAGAGUUUUAUUAUCUUCCCGAGAUGUUUGUAAACUGCAAACACUGUCACCUAGGUUACAUGCAGGAUGGGACAGUUGUGGGUGAUGUGAUUCUACCACCCUGGGCUCAUGGGGACCCCCACUCUUUCAUCCGUCUUCACAGAGAGGCCCUUGAAUCAGAAUAUGUCAGCUCUCAACUUCAUCACUGGAUUGACCUGAUUUUUGGGUACAAACAGCGUGGGGCUGCUGCCGUUCAAGCACUAAAUGCAUUCCACCCUUAUUUCUACGGAUCUCAAACCCAUCUGAACUGUGCAGACACCCUUAUCCGGAAUACAGUGAUAGGGUUUAUUACCAACUUUGGGCAGGUGCCUAAGCAGCUUUUCACUAAACCUCACCCUACACGUCAGAUCAAAGAAAUUGCAGGACACCAAUCAACUCCCUUCUACAGCACACCAUGCAAAUUGAAGCAUGCCACUGUUACACCACGAGGUACCCUACGUGGGCCAGUGGGACAGAUGCUGGUGACUGACAAAGGGGUGUUUGCAGUGGAAAAGAACCAUAUUAUGCUACCACCUACUUGCGUAGCGAGCAUGAGCUGGGGUCAUAGUGAUGGUUCCCUAAAACUGCACAAUCGCAGUAUGCGCAAGGUUUUGGCUGUGUGGGAACUGAUGACACAGUGGGGAUGGUGUCACGAUGUCCUGUGCCCUUCACCAACCUUGGUCAUUACUGCGAUGAGUUCCUCUGUUCUCUGUGUAUGGCAUUUUAUUGCCCCUGGAUCAAGAGAUGGAGAACCUGUGCUUCAGUUAAAAAAGAUCCUGACAGGUCAUGGCUCCGCAGUGCUCUGCGUCUGUGCGUCUGUGCAGUAUGGAGUGCUGAUCAGUGGCUCUGCAGAUGGAUCAUGUGUUAUUUGGGACUUGGACAAGCUGAAAAGUGUUCGAUGGCUCCCAAAACACCCAGGGGAGGUGACGCGUAUUACUAUCAGUGACAGUACGGGUUACAUUGCUUCAUAUUGUGCUUCCACUCUUUACCUGUGGUCAGUGAAUGGAGAUCCAUUGUCCUCUGUGAAUGUAGGAAGUGACAUUCUUAGCAUCUGCUUUGCGGGUCUGAGCAUGAUCGUCACAGGAUCAGAAAAUGGAACAGUCAAGCUAUGGAAGAUGGAUCCUGCCGAAGCCCAGAAAGGAACUGGUUUAGAAGGUGCUAAACUAGGCACAUCUCUGCACCUACUUCAUCAGCUGGCUCCCGGUGUUUCAAGGACAGGGUCACAGCAGCGUCCAGCAGCGGUAACAGCCCUUGCUGUAUCAAGGAAUUUCUCAAAACUCCUUGUCGGUGAUGAAAGAGGAACAAUCACAAGCUGGCAUCUGGAUUAAUAGACUUAAAGGUUGGCCUUGUCCUGGCCAUAAAAAGUGCCUUAUUGACGUCUUGUUACUUAAGGACAUCAGAGAAGUAAAAUAACAAUAUAUUCCUUUGCCCAGGAGGUGUGAAAGUCCACAUGCUGGUCACCAUCCUAACAUAGUACUGGACACUCGGUUAAAAAUAACAAUAGAAUUGGUGCACUGUUUUCGCUUGCCAUAAUCAACAAAUUACACUAUAAUAUGGUUAAUGUAUUUUUUAUUUUAUUUUUUAUUUUGAAUAUUGGUAACUAUAUAUAGGCAGUGGCAGCAACAUGCUAUAUAUUGAGUAAAGGAUGAUAUCCUUGGGGAAUAUCUGGAUAUUUUCUUUAAAUGGUAUGGUAAGUAGGAAAAUAAAUUUUCUUCUCGAGAUGUGUAUUCCAUAAGAAUUUGUAGCAAAUGUUUCCCAUUCACUUUUAAUUAAAUUACUACCAUACUUCUUAAGGUGGCAUAUAGAUAGGCUUUCUUGAAGAGUCACCCUAGCACACAGUUCCCUAAAGAGGGUGCACAAAAGGACUAUAAUGAG